AUUCCUAUCAACCACUCCACCACCACAAACCAUGGGAACUGGUAACCACCACACCCUUCUCCUCCUCUUCCUCCUGACAACCAUCUCUGUUCUCAUACAUGGCUGUGUAGGUAUUACUGGUGGAUGGAGCCCAAUCAAGGACGUUAAGGAUCCACACAUCCAGGAACUCGGUAAGUACGCUGUCACAGAGCACAACAAAGAGGCCAAAGCGUCUCUGGAGUUUCAACAGGUGGUUUCUGGAGAAUCCCAGGUGGUAGCUGGCAUGAAUUACAAGCUUAUCAUCUCUGCUAAGGAUUCCUCUCAACUGUCUAACUAUCAAGCUGUUGUUUGGGAGAAGUCUUGGCUCAAUUUCAGGCAGCUCACUUCCUUUGAGCCUGUCAAGUAGUUUCCCCUUCUUUUU